GCACCCAUUUGAAGUUACCUACAGUACAGUUGAAGCUUACAAUUCACACACGCAAUCUGUAACAGUGCCCACGCCAUCGCCGGAAAAUUGCCGAAACCGCCACCACCGUCAGUGUGGUGUUGGUGUUUCUGUUGAUAAAAAUUAGAUGGAUAACGAUAAUGGGAGACCUAAUCAAGGUACUGAAGCCAAUCGUGAUUGGAGAGAUGAGCUGCAGCCAGAGUCACGGAAAAGAAUUGUCAAGAAGAUAAUGGGCACGUUUGAAAAACUUCUUCCUGUUUCUGGUCAAGAGGAACUUCAAAUGAUUGCUCAAUGGUUUGAAGAGAGGUUUUUUACUGCUUCAACGAGCCUGAAUGAUUAUCUACAGAAAAUAUCUUUAGAGAUGCUUUCGAUGGAGACUAGAUCCCAGGGCACCAGGGCCAAUAUGGAUAACGAUGAUAAUUGGAGACCUAUUCAAGGUACUGAAGCCAAUAUGGAAACUAGUGCUUGCAGAUAUGGACUGCGGGCAGAGUCACGCCAAAUAAUUAUCAACAUGAUAAUGGCCUCGUUAAAAAGACAUCUUCCUGUUUCUGGUCAUGAGGGAUUGCAUGAAAUUCAGAAGAUUGCUCAAAGGUUUGAAGAGAAGAUUUUUACUGCUGCAACAAGCCGGCCGGAUUAUCUACGGAAAAUAUCUUCGAAGAUGCUUCUGAUGGAGACUGGAAGUUCUGGGAGUAACUAACUCGGAGUUGUUUCUAUCAGCCUGAGUUAUUGGAACUGUAUUGUGUGAUUUUUUCACCCAAAUAAUCACACCUCAGAAUUCAGUUUCCAAGGAACUGAAUUCUAACAUGAAAAAAAAUAACUUGUAUUAUUUAUAUAAAUAUUUGGCACAAUAUGUUAUUUAGAUAGUUUUUGGAUUCAUGUGUACCAUUUGAUUUGAGUAAAAAAAGUUGUAUUCUGUCGUCUCACAGUGAUGUUAAAUAUCAGUAUCAUUUUAUUUU